CGCCCGGUCAGCUAGCUUCUAUGCUAGUUAGCUAGUUGUUGUAGUUAACCGCGUACGCUGGAGUCGGUUAACGUCAGCUAACUAGCCGAUAACUAACGCUUGCCUGGUGACUGUCAGCAUCGGCCAUGGACGACGAAAGCCACCCCAAAACCCUGUAUGUGGGAAACCUCUCCAGGGAUGUAACAGAAAUCUUGAUUCUGCAGCUCUUCACCCAGAUAGGGCCUUGCAAAAGCUGUAAAAUGAUCACAGAGCAUACAAGCAAUGACCCCUAUUGCUUUGUGGAGUUCUUUGAACACAGAGAUGCUGCGGCAGCCCUUGCAGCCAUGAACGGGAGGAAGAUAUUAGGAAAGGAGGUCAAAGUAAAUUGGGCCACCACUCCAAGUAGCCAGAAGAAAGACACAUCCAAUCACUUCCAUGUGUUUGUGGGUGAUUUGAGCCCUGAGAUUACCACUGAGGACGUCAAGGCUGCAUUUGCACCCUUUGGGAAAAUCUCGGAUGCCCGUGUUGUGAAGGACAUGACGACAGGCAAAUCAAAGGGGUAUGGAUUUGUGUCCUUCUACAACAAACUGGAUGCAGAAAAUGCCAUCAUAAACAUGGGGGGACAGUGGCUUGGAGGACGCCAAAUCAGGACCAACUGGGCGACACGCAAACCACCAGCUCCAAAGAGUGCCCAGGACAAUGGCUCAAAGCAUCUGAGGUUUGAUGACGUAGUGACACAGUCCAGUCCACAGAAUUGUACUGUAUACUGUGGAGGGAUCCAGUCGGGACUAUCAGAACACCUAAUGCGACAGACCUUCUCACCGUUUGGGCAAAUAAUGGAAGUCCGAGUUUUCCCAGAGAAAGGAUACUCCUUUAUCAGGUUUUCCUCCCAUGACAGUGCUGCCCAUGCCAUCGUCUCAGUAAAUGGCACAGUCAUUGAAGGGCACAUAGUGAAGUGCUUCUGGGGCAAAGAAUCGCCUGACAUGGCAAAAAAUCCACAGCAGGUUGAGUACAGUCAGUGGGGGCAGUGGAACCAACUCUAUGGGAAUCCACAGCAGCAGUAUGGGCAGUAUGUAACCAAUGGGUGGCAAGUUCCCUCCUACAGCAUGUAUGGUCAGACAUGGAACCAGCAAGGAUUUGGAGUAGAGCAGUCCCAGUCACCAGCCUGGAUGGGAAGCUUUGGAUCUCCGUCUGCCCAGGCUGCAGCCCCACCUGGUCCAGUCAUGUCCAACCUGGCCAACUUCAGCAUGGCUGGCUACCAAACGCAGUGAGCUGGCCCUAAACUAAGUGUAAUGCCAAGGGGAUUUUGUCAACCCUUUCAAACCACACAGCACUCUUUCAUCAGGACAGCUGCUGUGGUAUAAGAAGGGCAGGGGCCAUAUUCACAAAGCCUUUGUAGCUAAUAGUUGCUCUGAAACAACAAGUUUAACAAUAUGUUUUUUAGUGGCAUUGUCCUUUUCACUUAGAACUUUUAAAAAGUUUAUUUGAUGAUAAUUCAUAGUUGUGUUUUUGAAAAGUCCUCUUUGGCUUCUGAAGUAAAGCCAAACCAACUGUCAAAGUAGAUGUUAAAGGACAUGCCAGCCCUUAAACACGCCUUACCCAGUGUGUGACAGAGGGGAUUUGCAGCAUUAGGACAUCUGGACAGCUAUCCUAACAAACUAUUGGAUGCCUUUCCUCUCAUCACAAGCUGAGUAUGUUGACCAAUGGGCCAAACCAUCAAAAAGUCAGUGUAGUCCUUCAGAACUAAUUGUUAGCCUCUCAGAUUCAAAAUUUGAUCAACGUUACACAUAGAAACAUAACAGCUCAGUCAUUCUAGUGGAGCUAAAAGCAAUCAUGUUACUCCAGCAGUUCACUGGACAUGACAAGUAUUAAAAUCCUUAGAAACCUCAAACUUUUGUAACAUUGAUGUUAAAUUAUUAAACUAUAGCAAUAUCUGCUCUCAGUUUGCCAAUGUUUUGUUUUUUUAAUAUUUCACUAAAGACUUGUUUGUUGUCAUACUGGGGCAUUUUCUGACAUUUUAUACAACAGAAGACAAAACUGCACUCGUCUUUAUGCAUUAAUUAAGUUACUUUUUAAUCAUACAGGUCAGUUUUUACAAUGUUACACAGUGAUGACAGUGUUGGUCAAAUCUAGUGUGUAUGAUAAGUCAAUAUGGAUUUGUGCUACAAAAGGCACUCAACCACCAGAAUAAACCAACCUGCUGAAAGAUGGUUUGGGCCUAGCUUCAGCUCAUGACUAGAUAUUCAGUCCUAUUUUGAUAAUUUAAUGAAAAGUGCUUUGUGAAUAAAGGCCCCUGGAAUGGUAGUUUGCCUUUCCAGUAUAUGUGACGCAACUAUUUGUAAUAUCAACUGUGGCUUUAAAGGAGGUUUAAGCGGGACGUGGUAUCUCUUGGGUAAAUUUUGUGUACAAAGAAUAUUUCACCUACACAGCUCUAAAAGCAAAAAAAAAAUAGGUUUUUCAUGUUUUGUAUCAGAGUGAUCAGCAUGUUCUUUGCAGACUUUUGAUGGACUUUAGUUGAAACGUUAAUGUAGCCUAGACUGAACAGAUUUAUAAUCAUGUGUCUCAAAGGAAAGGCUACAGUAUCUGCUCACUAUAUAAAGAAAAUAUUGUAAAAACAGCUUAACCCCCAAACUUUGUAAAGGUAACUUACUCUGUGUGCUGAUUCUGGGGCUGGUUUCCUAGAAAAAUAUUGAAUCUUAAGUAUUUUCUUCCUUCCUCUUGAUAACCUCAGUUAAUUUAUAGUCAUUUCUUUCAAAUGUCUGUGACAGUUUUAGCAAAGGACCUUAGACUUAAUUUAGCACCAAAACCAGCCCCUAGUCAUAUUGCAUCAUCAUUUAUCAUUCAGAAUACUGUACUUAAGUCACCCACUUGUGCAAAGACACAUCGUCCAAUGUUUUAGGCUGACUAUAAAUCAGGAUUGUUUUAUUUUAUGUUUAUUCCAUUUAUAGUGGAAGGUUCCCCAAAUAUUGUGUUGAUUUGUCAGGGCAGAGGGCAUCUUUUCUGUCUCUUUGUGCAUUCUGAACCUUCUCAGUAUUUGCAGAAUAUUUCCAUAUAUUCCAGGUAAACUAUUUAAAAAGAUACUGACAAAUUGUGACAAGAGGAUUUCUUAAAGACAUCCUGCCAUUUGGAUUUUAUUUGCAUACGUGCCAUUCUGUACAGUGUAUUACAGUCCUUGUAAACUCACUCUCAUUCUCCUGGUGUACUAGCCAACAAACUUGAUAAUGUUUAGUUUGUUUAUUUGAGCUGGGGGGGGUUUCAUGUAACCAAACAGGGUCAUGUUGGCUGAGAGUGUAAAUAAAAACCUAUAUCACAAACCUUCAUGAAACUUAAGAAAUAGUGUACAUACUGUAGGUAGAAUGUUAUGAAAUGAAAUGCCAUCAUUAAAUUUCAGCAAUAUAAUUUAUGAAUAAGCCUUAAUUGAUGUGUCAGUAAAUUCAAACCUUGUGUUAUUUACAGAGGCUGCAUUACAAAUCUAAAUUCUUUUCCAUUGUUGAUUUUCCCAUUUUUAAGUUUGUGUGCCAUUUUCAGGAAGUAGCAGGAAGCAGGUGAUGUUUCAGCUUGAACUGCACACUUAUGACAUGUAAUAUAUUUGUUGCUCAAAAUAUUGAAUGUAAUGGCAAUUUGCUUUUAUGACAAUAAUACAUUUAAGUUGAACAACAGAAGUGAUGUUUAAUAAUAAAGGAUGAAAUGAACAGAAAAUUCACUUCAAAUAAAGAAACAUUUGAACCUG